CGACUUUGUUUUCUACGCUCAGUGUUAAGUGUGGCACUGGUGUGAUCAUCGCGGGCAGAUUCACGCGACCGUUCGCACGCGGUGCWCAGUCGGCGCGCACUUUUCACGUAGACAAAACGUUCUUCGAGUCUCCGCACCAAUAAAAGUGUAAUAAUUUAAUAUAUUAUAUUAACCGUCGUCGUCGUUAUCCUUUUCGCGGGUAGGCUACAAGUGUAAUUUAAUCAUAAACGGUAAAUAUGAUUAUGUUUUCGAAAAUAAUAACGUGCGUCGUUAUACCACUGYUGUCGUCCGYGAUKGUCGUUCAGUCGAACCGAGACUUCGCUCAUCGUUUGACUACAAUUGAAGAUUUAGCCACACGUGACAACGUAAUUAACGUGCCGGUAGCUUUGCCCACCGGUUACGUUGUGAACAGGCCGUCUCAAAACAUGGCUACUGCAGGUGAUCGAGUGGACGUUAAAGAACCUAGCAAAGAAGUUUCAGAAACUGAUAUGUAUUUACUAGGAGCUAUUGAAAAAUUGGUACAUAGAAUGGAUUUAAUGGAAAAACGGUUGAAACGUUCAGAAGAACUCAUCCAACACAUCGUAGAAGGAAACGCAGCCAACAGAGAAGAUCCUUGUCCGGGCAAUUUCACGCGUAUCACACAUGCCUGUUAUCACUUUAGUGAGAGACAGUAUAACUGGAAGUCGGCCAUGUCGAUGUGUAAAAGUUUGGGCGGAAAUUUGUUAGAGUUCGACAACAAAGACGAACAGAUUGACGUGCUGACAUACCUUAUCGGUGACAAGUAUUUAAGAGGUUACGACUAUUGGACGGGUGGCCUAAACCCAGGACUGCUGUGGAUAUGGGCCAACAGCGCGAGGCCCGUGGUGCCCAAGGACUCGACGAGGCCCGAGGACCAGAUCACCGGGUCGGGCCGGUGUUUGCGUCUCAGCCCGAACUCCGCGACCAAAGUGUAUGCGUACUCGGGCGCCGAGUGCAGUAACCGUCACCGGUACGUGUGCAAGCACGAGGAAAACGCCACGGAAAAGGCGCUGACCAGGAUACACAAAGCGCUGAAGGACGGAGGUCAGCAGCAACAGAAGCCAAUGACGACGGUCUUCGGGUCAUCUCCGCUGAUCGCGGCCACCGUAUAACCAUCCACUACCUACUUAUUAGCUAUACUGCAGUAAUCUAUUGUACAUUAAAUGUGAUAARUAAUCYACGAGCAUUACCUAUAUAUAAAAUAUGUGAAUAAAUAUUAUAAUGAAUUGUGAACUCGUUAAGUCCUACGAAAAUAUUCAAACCCACGCGACACUCGCAAUCGGCUAUGAAACUUAAUCGUAUAAUAACGCGAAAUUGAUAUUAAAAUAUUAUGAUAUA